CGGAGCGGCGCCAUGCACUACCCUCGGACCGACAGCUAGCCAGCUGAAAUCCCUCCUGAAGACCUCGACCCAGCCCGAAAUGCUUGGUCCAGGGUUCACGUUGUUGUGUUAUAUCACUGAUACAAGAUGUGAAGAGGGAGUAAGCGUGAUAAAAUGGCGAGGUUUUGAGUCUUACUUUUCCGUCUCGCUCGGUGUAGCGUGGCAGGGGCAGUGGAUCGUUUCCAAAGUUGUCGGUUAGCAGCGCGCGUGUGAAGGAUCGGAAUUAAAGGCGUAGUGCACCCGUUGUAGCCGCUAACAUGGAGAAGCAGCAGCAGAGCGAUUUGGACCGAGAUCGACAGUACUGUGAACUUUGUGGGAAAAUGGAGAACCUCCUCAAGUGUGGAAGGUGCCGGAGCUCCUUCUACUGCAGCAAGGAGCACCAGAAACAGCACUGGAAGAAACACAAGCUCAUCUGUAAGGAGACGGACAAGGUUCCCAAACAGAAGCCGGAGCAGCCGCCGGGGGACGACAAGGAGAAAACCCGGGAAAAGAUAAGCCCAGAGCAGGCGGACAGCGCGUCUCUACCACAAACCACAAACACAGAAGCACCUGGGGACGGCGACGGACCGGGAGAGGACGGGUCUAACAACACCGCCACACCUAACGGACAGACGAGCUCGUCCGCUCAGAAACUUGCCAUGGAGUACAUAGUCCCGUGUAUGAACAAGCACGGUAUCUGUGUGGUGGACAACUUUUUAGGAGCAGAGACCGGUCAGGGCAUUUUGGAUAAUGUCAAAGCCCUACACAAAACGGGCAAGUUCACAGACGGUCAGUUGGUGAGUCAAAAAAGCGACUCCACUAAAGACAUCCGUGGGGACAAAAUCACGUGGAUAGAGGGGAGGGAGGCCGGCUGCGAGAAGAUCCGCUUUCUCAUGAGUCGUAUGGACGACCUGAUCAGACAUUGUAACGGCAAACUGGGAAACUACACAAUAAAUGGAAGGACAAAAGCGAUGGUGGCAUGUUACCCUGGAAACGGAACAGGAUACGUGCGCCACGUGGAUAACCCUAACGGCGAUGGACGCUGUGUCACAUGCAUAUAUUACCUUAAUAAAGAUUGGACUGCCAAGGAACACGGAGGCCUUCUUCGGAUCUUCCCAGAAGGAAAAGCCCAGUUUGCUGACAUAGAGCCCAAAUUUGACCGUCUGCUGCUGUUCUGGUCCGACAGACGGAAUCCUCACGAGGUUCAGCCCGCCUUCGCUACCAGGUAUGCCAUCACAGUGUGGUAUUUUGAUGCAGAUGAGCGAGCCCGAGCUAAAGAAAAGUACUUAACAGGUGCAGGAGAAAAAGGAGUAAAGGUUGAACUUGGCAAACCAUCAGAUCCCAGCUAAUGGGAGGCCAGCGUCCCCUACAAACAGCCAUUAAGUGCUCAGUCCUAAGAAAGUGGCCUAUAGAGAGCAUGUGUGUGUGUGUUUUACAAGGCAAAACAGCAGACUUUUGCAUGAGUGGGUGGAAGAUCCAUUCUUAUGGAGACAAAGCAAACAAAAACAGCAAUUUCUGUUCGUUUUCAGAAAACCGGGUCAACCCAGAGGACCUUGAAUGUCAUGACAUUGUACUGAAAGGGAUUGUGUGUUAUGUUUUUUUUCUCCCUUUCACCUCUUCGGUGGAGAUUGCUUACGUUGACAUUUUCAGAAAAUCAACAGGAAUUAAACUCCCCGAGAAUCUACAUCUUUUGCAUAUUGGUUUUUGCAGUUAUUUCCUUAAAGGUACAGUGUUCUGCAUAUGCUUAAUGUGUUAUGCUUUUCACAUGGAAUCAGCUGUUAUAAGCUACUGUAUAGCAAAAUGUACUUGAGGUUGCAAUAAUAUGAGGAAUGAUCUGAAUUAAAAACACCCUUUUUCUGACAGAAAACUGUUUGGUCUUAGUUUGAAUUUGAUCAUUUGCAACACAGUCAAUGCUAACUGUGUAUUUGUGGUUCUCCUAUUCCCUGAAUACAAUAUUUCAUUUAAUUAGCGCAGACAUAAGGAGAAACAUACAUCUGUCAGCAGCAUAACUGCUUCUCAACCUUUACGGUUUGCACUAUAUGUAGUGUCAUGCUGCCCUCUGCAGGCCUUUGGUGCACUGCACCUAUUUAUACAUAUUUUAUUUGGACUUGAUCAUAAAUAAAAUUCUCUAUGAGGCAAAUAAAAUUUCUCACACUAAAAAAACUGAGAGGAAAAACAUACUUAAAAACUACCCAUCAGCAAAUUCAACCCCAAAAUCAAUAUCUGCUGCACUGUCUUUAUGACUCUGAAAUAAGCAUAUGUUAGUGAUGAUCUCUAAAACAUGAUGUGAUUUCAAUAUUUCAGUAUACUGAUCAAGUGGUAAGUGACACACAAUUAUUGGGUAAACUGUUGUAUAAACAGCUUUGCAAAUUCAUUUUUUCUGCACUAUGUACCACAGCUGCCUGUUUGUUUCAGCCUUUGGUUAAAUUUAGAAGUGGCUUUACAUUUACACUUUCUGCAUUAGCUGACAAAUCAACCCUCUAAAAAAUAAGUCACUAAUCUAAUCUGUAAAACUUUUUAACUAAUUCAGACCUUUUCUAAGACAAUCUCAAAGUUUAAAGGAGCUUGAUGCAACAUUCAGAGCUUUCAUAUUGCAGCAACUUUUAAGACCAUGCUGAUGAUGUAAGCUCAACAUUCUGUUUCUCUGUAUCAGGACUCUCUUAAAGUGGGCCGGAGUGCUCGCCUUGACAGACACUCUGAAACCAAUCAGAAACGAAAACGAAACAUUUGACCAAUUAACUACAACAGCGUCGCUGAUUGGUUGCUUACAUUGUCAAGGUAACGUCUACUACAGUGCGGAUCAUUGAUUGGCCCUAAAUGGAUUUUAAUUCCUCAAUACGAGGCGUGAAGGCAUUGUGUUCAGACUGAUACAGAGAGCGAAUGAGAUUGUUAUGCUCACAUCAGCAGGAUGGUCAUGCCUGGCUAGCAGCAAACCACUGUUUGCUAUGUAAAGAGAAAGUGGAGUAACAGCAUCAUCAGCAGAGAAUGAAGUCAUGUUCCCUCUACAUGUGUUGUAAUCUGAGCUUCUCUGUUUUUUGUUGCGGUAGACAGUCUGGCAGCGUGAGCAUGUGAGUCCCUUGUGUGUGUCGCACUGGUUAGCUCAUUGCUGUCGCUCUGCACUGCCCUCAUUUGACGGUUAUCACUAAUAAUACCAUUAGGAACCACAACAGGGGAUUAGUGUUGUUGUCGAGGUGUAGUGCCCACCCUCUGGUUCCCCCCAAGGUCACUGGAAGCUCUGUCGGUAGUGUUGCCGUUGUUAGUACUGUUUGUGCUGUUAGUUGCUAGCUGCCAGUUAAGCCGACUCCAUGUUGAGAGCCGUGUGCAAACAACCUGAAUCAGACUGCAUCAUAGAUCUGCUCUGAAUGUCGUAUACAGCUCCUCCAAGCCUCACAAGUGCACAGUUUGAGUGUUUUUAUAUUGUAAACUGACCACAAACUUCUUUCUAAAUUUUAAAGUAUUGUCCUUUGUGAAGUUCCUGGGUACAUCAUGUCUUUUGCUUUUAUAAGGCAACUAUCUUUGGAAAAAAGCUCAUUAAUAAAAUGGGGAGAACUGCAAAACA